AUGCUCGCGGAACGACCCGGGAUUCAUGUCGGGUGUCUUGACGGCAAGUCCAUCUAUACUCUCUUCUUCAACGCUAAUGCAAGCACGCAGAAUGAUUCAUACAAGAGCCAAUUUGGAUAUCCCGGACCAAAUGCCCAAGGUGCCAUCGUUGCUUCGAUGCCUGCCGGUAGCUUGGUGGGCGCUCUCACCGUCGGAAAGCUCGCAGACAUCUUGGGUCGAAAGAAAACCAUCCAACUCUCAGGCGUCAUCUGGGUAAUUGGGAGCAUUCUCCAGUGUGCUGCUAUGAAUAGGGGAAUGCUUAUUGCUGGUCGCCUAAUUUCAGGGGGUUCCGUCGGAAUCGCCUCCGCUACGGUGCCACUGUAUCAGGCAGAGAUCACUGCUGCACAUAUCCGUGGACGUUUGAUCAGUCUUCAACAGAUGAUCCCUGCGAUCGUGCUUUCUAUCGGAAUGAUAUGGUUCCCCGAGUCUCCUCGAUGGCUGACUGACAACGGCCGCGAGCACGAGGCUCUCGAGAUCUUGGCAGAAGUUCACGGAAAUGGAAACCCCGACGCCGAACUUGUGCAACUCGAAUACACUGAAAUCAAGGAUCAAGUAGAAUUUGAGAAGAAAUAUGGCGCCAAGUCCUAUAAGGAUCUCCUGGAACCAAAUGUGCUACGCCGACUGAUGCUUGCAAUGUCGCUACAGGCCUGGUCCCAGCUAACGGGGAUGAACAUCAUGAUGUACUAUAUCACUUAUGGCACGUCUAAUCCUGUGUUCAUUGGGGCUGGCCUUACCGGCCGUAGAGGAAACCUUAUUGCUUCCAGCGUUCAAUAUGUUCUCGUCGUUGCGAUGACCUUUCCAGCCAUCCUCUACAUCGACAAGUGGGGGCGCCGUCCCAUGUUACUUAUUGGCCAACUGCUGAUGGGCUUCUGGCUAUUCCUUGUCGGAGGGCUCCAAGGAAUGUAUGGCCAUUGGGGUAUGGUGGAUGGAGAGCGCGUCUGGGUGGUAACGGGACACGACAGCAUCACAAAGGGUGUGAUCGUAUGCUCGUACUUCUUUGUAUGCAGCUUUGCGAUCACGAUGGGGCCUUGCAGUUGGACAUAUUCUUCGGAGAUCCAUCCUUUGCGGGUGAGAGCCAAAGGGGUAUCUCUAGCGACUGCUUCAAACUGGAUCAUGAACUGCGCCCUAGCAUGGGCCGUUCCUCCGUUGUUGUCUUCAAUUUCUUAUAAGACGUACUACAUUUUCGGAGCAUUCAACUUCGCCGCAUUUCUCCAUGUGCUUUUCAUGUUCCCAGAGACAUGCGGAAGAAGUCUGGAGGAGAUUGAAGAAGUGUUCUCACAGGGACAUGUGUUCACGGCCUGGAAGAUCAAACGUAAUGUAGGGAAGAAGACACUGCAGGAUGUAAAGGCGGUUCAUGAGGUACACCAUUCGGACCAUACGGAAGUCGACGAUAAGGGCUCCCAAGAGCUGCAGGAAAAGGUGUAG